AUGCCGAUCCCGCCGGUCCCACCCUCCGGGACACCCGACACGGAGGGUAGCCCGGAAGCCUCCGAGUUCCGGAGCAUUGCCAUCGAGGUACCUCCGAACCACCUUCAAGAGGUGGAAGAAGGGCUGCAGCAACUUCGUCGGCAGUUCGAGGCAGAGAUCCAAAGCCUCACGGCACGCCUGGGGACCGUCGAAAGACAGCUCGGCGUUCCAGAGACGCAGAAUCCCACCUCUCAAGAUACAGCGCCGGACAGCUGCUCCGCAGACGAGAUGGAAGAUAGAUCCACGCCUGUGCGCUUUGAAGAGAGUGCGUGGAACAUCCCCCUGGUCCUUGGUUUGGCAGAUGUGGGUUGGUUUGACAACGUCUUUGCAAUGCUACUGGUGCUGCUGAACCUGCUGAUGCAGGGGUCGUUUUCGCAGAUUCUGCUAUCAGAAUACUUUAUGGGUGAACCUUUCGAGACGAAAUUGCAGGAUGCCAAGACGUGGCGGACAAGCAUAGCUCAUGACUCUCGUUACCUGGACCUGGCCGGAACGAGCCUUGUUUCUCGCGUGUGUGCUGGCGAUGGGUCUUUAAUCCUUUCCACGGUCCAGGCCACGCUUGUGGAGCAAAUUAACGAUUUCUUGGGCUUGCAGGAGACGGAAUUUGCAUUCAACUUCUGGCAGCCGGGAAUUGAGGAAGAUUUGGCAUGCAUUGGAGGCGGCCACAACGCUCCCAAAGGCCAAGUCAUAGCCUCGUUUGGUUGCUUGAGCGUUUUCGAUGCCCUUGCGUCGCCGUUGCCGGAUUGGCUGUGUUUCCGGAAACUAGCCCUCAGACUAGUAGACCUGCACACGAGCUCUGGUUGUUCGUUGGAGGCCAGUGCGACGGACUUCCGCGACAACACGAUUCACUGCCUGUCCUGGGGUCGCGCCCUGGCACUGCUGAUCACGUACAUCAUCCGAGCAGGCAUCGCCUCCGUGCUGCUGGUGGCCGGAAUCCUAUGGCUGGCGAGGACAACGUCCAUCGAGGAGCUGAUGCUGAACUCGGUUGCUUUGAACGCCAUCUUGGAUGUGGAUGAGUUCCUCUUCGAGGGCAUGACACCGAUCAAGAUCCAGCACGCGAUACGAAGUGUCGAGCCUAUCAGCGUUAGCUACUCGCACCGGCGCAGCCAGAUGGAGUCAUUUUUGCAUUUCCUGGCGGUGUUAGCAACGGUUCUGGCUUCGUAUCUGUUCCUCCUCGUGCCUCUCUGCGAAACCAUGAUGACAGUCAAACGCGAGCUGUGCGAUGGCCAGAAAGACUUCGUGGUCGCGUACAACACGGAGACACAGGUUUCAUGGGGUCUUCGCACAGAGGACAUUGCUACAGUGCGAGCUGCUUAUGAGCUUUCACCUGUCGAACGAGCCGUAAUGGCUUACAAGGGCACUCCUUCGAGUCUGCAGGAAGACUGGGCUCGGACACUUUAUUUCGGGAACAGCCGAACUUUUGAAGCAGACGUUGCUCUCUCGAUUGCAAGCCUCGGCAGUGAGUUACCAUUCUGCAUGGAGACGGUCGUUUUAUUAGAAACUGGACAGCUGCAUCAAGAUCCUGCUUUGCAGCCUAUCGCCGACAACUUCCUGCGGAAUGCUGCUUCGGCUCUGGGACGACCGACUGCGACGACUUGUGCAGAGCUAGCUGAUCUGUGUGGUUUGCCAGAUGCCCGGCUGCUGCGCUUGACCUGCGGCCAAACCUGCGGCUGCACCGACCCAGCAAGCUCUGCAUGGCACCUUGACGGAUCUUGUGUGCACAAGGUGCAGGCUCAAGGAUGUACCGAGACGUGCCUGGCCGAAGCAGAAGUCAAGCUUCAAACCAUCUCCUGCGAUGAUGUUAUCAACGAGGCUGGUUAUCACUCCUUCUGGCAUGAGUAUCAAGACGCAAUUAUCGGAUUUUACGGGGAAGGGGUCACUCGGACCCAGUUUUUCGGACAAAUAAACUAUACCGCCGAGACCUUUCUGUCUCAGGGCUGUUCCGCCAUGCAGAUAAUUCCGACUGAGCUCCUGACGGGCGUUUCUUGGUGUGAUGGCCAGCCGCAGCUGUUCCGCUCUUUGGCCUCCAUGUGCCCAGUCCAAUGUGGCUGCCGCGAUGGACGACCGGCAACUUUGCCGAACGGUUUGCCGAGCUACUGCCCAAGCAGCUGCUCAAACAGCACGACCCCCUGA